CGCGGGCCCGGGGGCUCUGCGGGGCGCCGGCCGGCCGGCGGAGAAGGACCCGGCGUCGGUCCGAGCAGGAAGCGAGCCCAGCCUGGUCUCCGCCGCCCGCCUUGUGGGUCGUCGCCCUCUUCGCUCUCCCUCGCACCCUCCUGCCCGCCCUCCGGUCUCACCGGCCACAGGUAGCCCGCCGCCGCGCACCUGCCUUCGCGGCCGCCCGCAUCUGCCACCAGGGAAGCUAAUAGCCUCAGGAGACACUGAUACAGAUGAGAGGAGUUGCCAGUUUAACGCUUGUGUGCCAAAGGUGCACGUCCAGUUCUUUGGAUCAGCUGGGCCAGGGCCGGGCCAGAUGAAAGAGCAGUCUUUUUAAAAGGAGAUAGUGGAUAACUCCUUUCAAAAAUGGAGGAUGGAAAGCCCGUUUGGGCUCCACACCCUACAGAUGGAUUUCAGAUGGGCAAUAUUGUGGAUAUUGGCCCUGACAGCUUAACAAUUGAACCCUUGAACCAAAACGGCAAGACAUUUUUGGCUCUCAUAAACCAAGUGUUCCCUGCAGAAGAGGACAGUAAAAAAGAUGUGGAAGAUAACUGUUCACUAAUGUAUUUAAAUGAAGCCACACUCCUGCAUAAUAUCAAAGUUCGAUACAGUAAGGACAGAAUUUAUACGUAUGUCGCCAACAUUCUGAUUGCAGUGAACCCAUACUUUGACAUACCUAAAAUAUAUUCUUCAGAAACAAUAAAGUCGUACCAGGGAAAAUCUCUUGGGACAAUGCCACCUCACGUCUUUGCAAUUGCUGAUAAGGCUUUUCGAGACAUGAAGGUGCUCAAGAUGAGUCAGUCUAUCAUUGUAUCUGGUGAAUCAGGAGCUGGCAAAACGGAAAAUACAAAAUUUAUUCUAAGAUAUCUGACUGAAUCCUAUGGAACAGGUCAAGAUAUUGAUGAUAGAAUUGUUGAAGCUAACCCACUCUUAGAAGCCUUUGGAAAUGCAAAGACUGUUCGCAACAAUAAUAGCAGUCGAUUUGGAAAAUUUGUAGAAAUACAUUUCAAUGAGAAGAGUUCAGUUGUUGGAGGAUUUGUUUCACAUUAUCUUCUAGAGAAAUCUAGGAUCUGUGUUCAAGGCAAAGAGGAAAGGAAUUAUCAUAUCUUUUAUAGGUUGUGCGCUGGUGCUUCCGAAGACAUUAGGGAAAAACUUCACUUGAGCUCCCCAGAUAAUUUUCGGUAUUUAAACCGAGGCUGCACUAGAUACUUUGCUACCAAAGAAAGUGACAAACAGAUUUUACAGAACCGAAGAAGUCCUGAGUAUCUUAAGGCAGGUUCCUUGAAAGAUCCUCUGUUAGAUGACCAUGGAGAUUUUAUUAGAAUGUGCACAGCCAUGAAGAAGAUUGGUUUGGAUGAUGGAGAAAAGCUUGAUCUGUUCCGGGUCGUAGCUGGUGUCCUGCACCUUGGAAAUAUUGAUUUUGAGGAAGCCGGCAGCACUUCAGGUGGUUGUAAUCUGAAGAAUAAAUCUACUCAGUCAUUGGAAUAUUGUGCUGAAUUACUGGGUUUGGAUCAAGAUGAUCUGCGUGUAAGUUUAACUACAAGAGUCAUGCUAACAACAGCAGGGGGCACCAAAGGAACGGUGAUAAAGGUACCCCUGAAAGUGGAGCAAGCAAACAAUGCUCGCGAUGCCUUGGCAAAGACUGUCUACAGCCACCUUUUUGAUCAUGUGGUAAACAGAGUAAAUCAGUGUUUUCCUUUUGAAACGUCAUUCUGUUUUAUUGGAGUCCUAGAUAUUGCUGGUUUUGAGUACUUUGAACAUAACAGUUUUGAACAAUUUUGCAUCAACUAUUGCAAUGAAAAACUUCAACAAUUUUUUAAUGAAAGGAUUCUGAAGGAGGAACAAGAACUCUAUCAAAAAGAAGGUUUAGGCGUUAAUGAAGUGCAUUAUGUGGAUAACCAGGACUGUAUAGAUUUAAUUGAAGCAAAAUUAGUGGGAAUACUAGAUAUUCUGGAUGAAGAAAAUCGCCUUCCCCAGCCAAGUGAUCAGCACUUUACAUCUGCAGUUCACCAGAAGCACAGAGACCAUUUCCGCCUCACUAUCCCCAGGAAAUCUAAGCUGGCAGUCCAUAGGAAUGUCCGAGACGACGAAGGCUUCAUUGUCAGGCAUUUUGCGGGGGCGGUGUGCUAUGAGACAACCCAGUUUGUGGAGAAAAAUAAUGAUGCUUUACAUAUGUCUCUUGAAUCCUUAAUAUGUGAAUCCAGGGAUAAGUUUAUACGGGAAUUAUUUGAAUCAUCCACAAAUAACAACAAAGAUACUAAACAAAAAGCAGGAAAACUUAGCUUCAUCAGUGUGGGGAACAAGUUUAAGACACAGUUGAAUUUGCUACUGGAUAAACUUCGAAGUACUGGAGCAAGCUUUAUUCGUUGUAUCAAACCUAAUUUAAAGAUGACAAGCCAUGACUUUGAAGGGGCUCAAAUUCUGUCUCAGCUCCAAUGUUCAGGCAUGGUGUCUGUCUUGGACUUGAUGCAGGGCGGUUUCCCCUCCCGAGCUUCGUUCCAUGAACUCUACAACAUGUAUAAGAAGUAUAUGCCAGACAAACUUGCAAGAUUAGAUCCAAGACUAUUUUGUAAGGCUCUUUUUAAAGCUUUGGGCUUAAACGAAAUUGACUACAAGUUUGGGUUAACAAAAGUAUUUUUUAGACCUGGCAAGUUUGCAGAAUUUGAUCAGAUUAUGAAGUCUGACCCUGACCAUUUAGCAAAGUUGGUUAAACGAGUCAAUCACUGGCUUGUCUGCAGUCGCUGGAAGAAGGUUCAGUGGUGUUCACUCUCCGUCAUCAAAUUGAAAAACAAAAUAAAAUACCGAGCUGAAGCCUGCAUUAAAAUGCAAAAAACUGUUCGAAUGUGGCUUUGCAAGAGGAGACACCAACCUCGCAUUGAUGGCCUGGUUAAGGUGGGCACACUGAAAAAACGACUUGAUAGAUUUAAUGAAGUAGUAAGUGCGCUGAAAGAUGGAAAACCAGAGGUGAAUAAACAGGUCAAAGACCUUGAAGUUUCUAUUGAUGCUUUGAUGGCCAAAAUUAAGUCCACUAUGAUGACAAGGGAACAAAUACAGAAAGAAUAUGAUGCACUAGUUAAAAGCUCAGAGGAACUCCUCAGUGCAUUACAGAGGAAAAAACAGCAAGAAGAGGAAGCAGAAAGGCUGAGGCGUAUUCAAGAAGAAAUGGAAAAAGAAAGAAAAAGACGUGAAGAAGAUGAGCAGCGUCGAAGGAAGGAAGAGGAUGAAAGGCGGAUGAAACUUGAGAUGGAAGCCAAGAGAAAACAAGAAGAAGAAGAGAGAAAGAAAAGGGAAGAUGAUGAGAAACGUAUUCAGGCUGAGGUGGAGGAGCAGCUGGCCCGACAGCGCGAAGAGGAAUCCCAGCAGCAGGCAGUCCUGGAGCAGGAGCGCCGUGACAGGGAGCUGGCCCUCAGGAUCGCUCAGAGUGAGGCAGAGCUCAUCAGCGAUGAGGCCCAGGCGGACCCGGCGCUCCGCAGCUUGGAUUCCCAUCGAGUAACUCCUAACAUUGAUGGAAGAAGACCCAAAAUGACACCGGAACAAAUGGCGAAAGAAAUUUCAGAAUUUUUGAGUAGAAGUCCUGCUGUACAAGCCACCAAGGCAGCUGCUGGUACCAAGAAACAUGAUCUUAGUAAAUGGAAGUACGCAGAGCUCCGCGACACCAUCAACACUUCUUGUGAUAUUGAGCUCCUGGCAGCUUGCAGAGAAGAAUUUCAUAGACGACUAAAAGUGUAUCAUGCUUGGAAAUCCAAGAACAAGAAGAGAAAUACUGAAACAGAGCAACGUGCUCCAAAGUCUGUUACUGAUUAUGAUUUUGCACCACUUUUGAACAAUUCACCUCAGCAGAACCCAGCGGUCCAGCUUCCUGCGCGGCAGCAGGAGCCGGAGCGGCACCGGCAGCAGCGCUUCUUCCGCAUUCCGUUCAUCCGCCCUGCCGACCAGUACAAAGACCCCCAGAACAAGAAGAAAGGCUGGUGGUACGCCCACUUUGAUGGACCGUGGAUUGCCCGGCAAAUGGAACUCCAUCCUGACAAGCCACCCAUCCUUCUUGUGGCUGGUAAGGAUGACAUGGAGAUGUGUGAGCUGAAUCUCGAAGAGACGGGCCUGACUCGGAAGCGCGGGGCUGAGAUUCUGCCGAGACAGUUUGAGGAAGUUUGGGAGCGCUGCGGGGGCAUCCAGUACCUCCAGAGCGCCAUCGAGAGCAGACAGGCGCGGCCCACGCACGCCACGGCCAUGCUGCAGAGCCUGCUGCAGUAGCGGCCGCGCCCCCCGGCCCCCGCGCCCCGCCACGAGCGCGCGAGAACGCCCUUCGCGGAGGGAACAGAGUGCAUUAAUCAUGGCCUGUGUUAAUUUAAGGUUAAUUAUGGUAGUGAAUUUGAGGUCUAGAAAUUAUUUUCCUGAAUCCAGCUGUAACUGUUAAACCUCUCAUUAUUCUAAUAUUUGUUACACUUGGACAGAUUCUGAUAUUUGUCAUCCUUUGCCAACAGACUACCUUAAAUCUGUCAUAAUUGUUUAAAAAUUCAAAAUACUUGCUUGUUAAGAUGACACAGUACCAAAUAAUUGGAAUAAUGAAACUUGACUUAAAUUUCCUUAUAAAAAUUAAGACACUUAAAAUGAUCAAAGCACCAAUAUUUUGAUUUGAAAAGCUGUGUACUUUUUACUCACUUUUUCAGAAAUUCAUGGAAAUUUCCAUCAAAGGUGGAAAUUGUUAUUUUUCCCCCCUCCUUUGCCGGUGUCUUAGUUUGAGUAAAGCAGUUCACCUGAGAUUCUAGCAUUCCAGAGUCUUGAUGUAUGCUAUGUACUCCAUGAUAAAGAAGGGAUUCACAGUAUCCUGCACAGAUUUUUCUUUUCUAUCACAUUGUGUUGCUAAAAGACAAUUUUUCUUACACUCCAUGGACAAAUAAAGGAAGUUUAGACCAUUUAAAUGCGUAAAAGUUUUGAGAUAAUGUUUGUUUCAUUUAGAAAAGGAAGUAGGUUUUAGGUGGCAUUGUGGCUUAGCCGGCCUGAACUCAAAUAUUCUUCAGCUUCAUCUCAAUUGCAAUUUUUGUAUCAGAAUCUUGUCCAGGUUGUUUCAUAUGAUUUAAGCUAGUGUUGUGCUUCAAAACAUGUUGGUUUUUAAAAAAUUCCUGUGUCUUUUCUGGCCUUUGAGAUUUUGGUAAAUGUAGAACUGUUGUAUAAGCUUUGUAAUUCAAAAGCCGUUGUACUUAGUAAUGCUUGUUUCGUGUAACUGAUAAAUAGUUUUUUUGUGUGUUGUUCGUUUUGAUCAAAUGUCAGCGGUUUCAAGCCUGAUAUCCAUGACUUCAUAUUAGGAAUUUGGAGACAAAAACGCAUCAAGGAAUUAGGUUGACAUGAUCCUGAGGAGUCUUGUUUGUAUUUUAGAAUAAAAUUAGAAAAUAAAAUUAUUCUCUGCACUUUUUUCCCCUGAUUGUUAAAGACCCUAACCUUUGAAAUAAAUUUCCAGUGAUUUUUCCUAGAAAGAGGACUUCAGUUAGGGAAAUAUUUCUCAGCUGAUUAGCUUGGUGCUUGUGAGCCACAGACGCUGUUUUCAGAAUUGCUUCUCUCAUCCUGUGUCUCAGUACAGACGUACUUAUUUAUUAUACUGUGCAAAUGGUUGUCUUCUGUUAAAUUUAAUGGGUCCUGUCUGUGCUACUGAGAAUGUGAAUGUGAUUUUCUUUUGAAGGCUGUCUUACUGCACGGACUCACCCACCCUUGGGUCAUAUCAUCCCUGUGAUUGGUGACAGAAGGUCUGGUUACUGAAAUAAAUGACCUGUUCUCUCUCUUCUCA